GUCGUUGGCGAAUGAAGCUUUAACCGCCAACUCUCGCACUGCACUGCAACGUCGCCGCAACACACAACGAAACCUAAACCUCCCCAUCUUCAUCUUGAAGCUCGAGCAAUGAGAAGACCGAAAUCGAAGAAGUUUCGGAAGCAAGAGCGAGUCUCCGAGGAGGAAGAGAUAAACCUCUUGAAUUCAUGGAUCCAAUUUCAGCCACCGGACUCCGGUUCCAACCCUAUGUCGCUGCCUCCUCUCCCCAAAGACGCUCCCGUUGGUCGCCUCCACGACGACACCUACUCGCGCUACGCCGGCGCGUCGCGCUUCCACCAAUUCCCGCUCUCUAAGAAGACCAAGGAUGCCCUGCGAGAAGCCAAGUUCGUCGCCAUGACCGACAUUCAGAGAGCGUCUCUCCCCCACGCGCUCUGUGGCCGUGACAUUCUCGGCGCCGCCAAAACUGGCUCCGGUAAAACCCUCGCCUUCAUUAUCCCUGUUUUGGAGAAGUUGUAUAGAGAGAGGUGGGGACCUGAGGAUGGGGUUGGCAGCAUCAUCAUAUCGCCUACAAGAGAGUUGGCUGGUCAGUUAUUUGAUGUGUUGAAGAUUGUUGGCAAAAACCAUAAUUUUAGUGCUGGCCUUCUCAUUGGUGGCCGAAAGGACGUUGACACGGAGAAACAACGUGUUAAUGAGCUCAACAUAUUGAUCUGCACGCCCGGAAGACUGCUACAACACAUGGAUGAAACUCCCAAUUUUGAUUGUACACAGUUGAAGGUCUUGGUACUUGAUGAGGCUGAUCGGAUUCUAGACAGCGGGUUCAAACAGGCACUAAAUGCAAUCAUUUCUCAACUACCAAAGCGUAGACAAACCUUGCUUUUUUCUGCCACGCAAACCAAGUCAAUUCAAGAUCUUGCUAGACUAAGUUUGAAGGAUCCAGAGUAUCUGAGUGUGCAUGAAGAAUCCGUGACUGCCACUCCCACUAUGUUGAAGCAGAUUGUGAUGGUUGUUGAUUUGGAUCAAAAGCUAGAUAUGCUGUGGAGUUUCAUAAAGACACAUCUACAGUCAAAAACUCUUGUGUUUCUUUCAAGCUGUAAACAGGUAAAAUUUGUCUUUGAAGCAUUUAAGAAACUGCGCCCUGGCAUUGCAUUGAAGUGCCUUCAUGGGAGGAUGAAACAGGAAAGAAGAAUGGCAAUAUAUUCUGAGUUUUGUGAGAAGCGCUCAGUUCUCUUCUCAACUGAUGUGGCAGCAAGAGGCCUUGAUUUUAAUAAGGCAGUUGACUGGGUUGUUCAGGUGGAUUGUCCUGAAAAUGUAGCUUCGUACAUACAUAGAGUUGGUCGCACUGCUCGAUAUAAAUCUUGUGGAAACUCAGUUUUAUUUCUGUUACCUUCAGAAAUUCAAAUGCUUGAAAAGUUAAAAGCAGCAAAGGUUCCAGUGCAUUUUAGUAAGCCAAGGCAAGAACGACUGCAACCAGUUUCUAGUUUGUUGGCAUCUUUACUGGCCAAAUACCCAGACAUGCAGCAUCGGGCUCAGAGGGCGUUCAUUACAUAUUUGAGAUCCAUCCAUAUCCAAAAGGAUAAAGACAUAUUUGAUGUUACGAAACUGCCUAUUGACAAGUAUUCAGCAUCUUUAGGGUUACCAAUGACCCCCAAAAUCCGUUUUCUAAACCAGAAAAUCAAAUCUAAAGCUGUGUCAACAAAAUCAAUUUUAGUUGAACUAGGAGAUUCAAACAAAGAAAAUUUCGUGGAGGUUUCAGGAAAGAAGCUAGACACGGUUACUUUCAAGGAUGAGGAAACCGAAAAUGGUCUUCUUCAGUUGGCUGACACUGCAAAUGAGGAUGAAAUGAAGUCAUCUGAAAUUGGAGAAAUGAUACCAGCAACUCGUGUAUUGAAGAAAAAGAAGCUCAAGAUUAAUGUACAUAGGCCAGUUGGGACUAGGGUUGUAUUUGACGAUGAAGGCAACACACUUCCCCCGCUAGCCAGGAUAGCUGACACACAAAGUGGGAAAGAAACGAUGCUGCUUGAUCCAGAACAAAAAGCAGAAUACUAUAGAAGGAUGCGAGAAGAUUUGAAGAAGGGUGACAAGGAAGACAAGCUUGUCGAGCGUCAGCGGCUUAGAGAAAAAAGAAUAAAGCAGAAGAUGAAAUGGAAGGCGGAAGAAGAGGACGACGAAGAUGAUAUUUCUGGGUCAGAAGGAGAUGAACCUGAAACUGUUGAUAGACGGCAUAAAAAGAAGACUAAAGUAUACUUUGACAGUGACAGUGACAGUGAGAGUGAGAGUGAGGAGGGUGAAAGGAAAGGGAAUACAGGUAUAACUACCAGCGCCGUUACUUUGGAGGAUCAAGAGGCCCUGGCUUUGAAAUUGUUAAAUUCCAUGCACUCAUAGAAUAUUCGUAAUUAAAUGACAUUUUUGUAACAGCAAAAGCGGGUGAAAAACAGUCUUAUAGAGAAGUUUCUGGAACAUUUUAAUUAUGAUCAGUGAAUUUUGCGGCCUUUAAUCA